ACCCUAAACUAAUUUUACCUUGUAAUAUCCUUUUAAGCUGUGUUUAAUAACAUUUAUCAAACAAGUUACUAUUAACAAUCUCAAACGCAGAAGUUUGUGUGGUGCAAACUGCUCCAAACUCUGCUUAUGAAACACUUUGAUCAUAACUACGUUACGUUUAAAUUUAUGAAGGGUUACCGCUGCUGGAAUUUAAAUAUUCCCUAUGAAACAUGGGCACAACUGCAAACAAAUUCAUUAACGAUACUACUCAAAACAGACAUAAAGCAACUUAAACUACUCCAGAAAUGACUCUAACAUCUAAGAUAACAACUAGAACAAGCAGUUUUUAGAUGUUACUGACGAACCAUGGAGCAACAAUACAGUGUCAGUCUACAAACUAGAGCUACACUGUGUUACCUUUAGGCUACUGUAGAGGUGCAUGAAGAAAUGAAUGAAAGAAGGAAAGGGUUACUUAAGUAUAUCAAACAAUGUAUAAUAAAUCAUUUCAUGGCAGGAGGAUGAAGACUUUGAUGCAAUAUGCUUCUUCAAUUGGAAAUUAAAGGACAGGUAGAUAGAACUGGUAAAGACAAAGUAGACUCAAUCUUCUGGGGUCUUUUCUUACCUUUCACAUAUCCAUCCCAUUUUUUCCUGUACAUCAAAUCCAUGUAGACAUCUGCACACAGCUCUGGGAGGCAGGUGGUGAGCUCACCAAAGACUUUGUACUCAUAAAGCCCAGUUUCCUGAAAACACAAUGCAAAAAGUUCCCUCUGCUUGAAUUGCAGGCCAACAUACCACACCCACAGUGUGUCACUAAUCCCAAACCACACAACUCUGAUUAGAGCCAGUCAGUGUAACACUCAUAAACACUCUGACAACAAGUGUGGAUGUGUUGGAAAGAUUCAAAAGUACAAUAAACAGGUCAGAGGAUGAUUUUCUCACACUAAUACCAAAUAAAACCAAACAAACUGCGUCUAUGGGUUGUGGUUUCAAGAUUCAUGCAUGACUACUUUAAGUAAAUCAAAGUCAAACCAAAACCCAUUCACAAAAACACACAUUUAAGAUAGCCUUGUUUUUUCCUGAAUUUCAACACCACAUUAGGACCUUGAAGUCAAUAAAAUAUUGAUUCCUUUACAAUAUUAUCUAAAUUAAAAAGGGGGUAUUUUUUCUAUAUAAUUUCAAUAUCAGGAGGUUUCAAGUUAAUGAUAAGAAGGGUUCUUUGGUGGCUAAUAAAAGUUCAUUAUAUUUCACUAGAUAUGUCUCAAAAUAUGAGUUUAAAUGUGGCACUCAUUCGACGCAUUAUUUUUUUCGUUUAUGUAUUCAUUAAGACUUUUAAUUUGUCUUUUCCAUUCAUGCCGGCUAAUCGAAUAUACAUUAAAUUUUACAGAUUAGUUCGUUUUUGCUCAGCUUUUUAUGCCAAAACGUAUUAAAGGCUAUAACCCUGAUGUGUCCAAUAUAUGCCGAAUUAAAGGCUGGUUCAUUUCCAUCUCAUUUAUCUGUUCAACCAGUUUUCAAAAACUAUAAAUGCUAGGCAAAAGUACUCGUAAAAGUAAAAUGAUAGUUUUGCCAAUGGAGUUUGGUUUGAUGUACUGCCUGGUUAUUAGUCCAACGAGUCUCCAUCGGUUUCCGGAUAGUUCUCGUGUCGGCCACUAGGAGAUUACUGCGGGUAUGUUUCCUAAUGCUCUUCUUCAUAGAUAACAUUAUAAUAAGGCUUUCAAAUGACCGCAAAAUGGGGAUUUUAAAGGUGUAACUGAGGAAACGCAAAGGAAUCCCAGCACUGAAUGGACGACCCCAUUCAUUCAGUGAGUCUCCGGCAGCUCCUUCGUGUGUGAAACCAGCGGGUUUGUGAUUUGUUUGAUUUGUUGUGGUACCUUAUCAUAAAGCCGGUAGAUUUUCACUCCCAUCGUCUCCGUAAAAAGCUCCCAUCCUCCCUCCAGCUGCGGUUCAUCCAGCUCCCUCCAAGCGCUCUGAAACUCCUCAUCUGUGAACUGCAGCGACAUGACGGCUCCCCCCUGACACUGACCUGUCAGCACUCUAUCACUUACAAUUCUCUCUUCCGGUCAAACCUUUCAAAAUAAGAGAAACCAAAAAGUAAAAACGUUUUCAUUUUUUCCUUACCUGGCAAUUUGAGAUGUUUUUACACGUUUAAACCGAAUUUUUAGCAUCUAGAAUCUUAUUUUAUCGAUAAUAUUUAUCAAUAAUUAAUUAAACAUUUAACAUAAGAUUAUUUUGUCCCUGUCUUCUAUAAAAAUUAAUAAAAGACUGCUGAAUAAUGAACAAAGUUUGACAUUUCUUAUCAAAUUGCUGAUUUUUCUGGAUCUUUUGAAGUUUUUGAGCUGUUUUGGAUGAUCAUUCACCCAUGAACCAAAUUUGGAAAUAAAUUUAAAAAAAAAAAUUUUUUUAGUAUAGUUUAACAUUUCCAUUUGAAUUUAAAUUGAAUAAAUGUAAUGAUAAAAUAUAAAUAAAUUUGAAUUCAAAAUUUUAAUUUUCAUUUAAUUUUAAUUUACAGUUUGAAUUCAUUUGAAUUUCCCUUUGGGGAUGAAUAAAGUUAUUCUUAUUCUUAUUCAUAUUGCAAUUAAACAAAUCAAAAAACAUUGAUGCAAAACAUAAUAUAAUUUUUUUUCCAUUUGAUAUAAUAAAGAGCCUUUUGAAUUUAGUGAAAUAAUGCAGAGUACAGUAGAAUACAUUUUCAAUAUAUAUUAUGAAACAAACUGUGGGAUAAGAUAAAAUUAAAAAAAAUUUGCAAAAUAUAAACCAGUAUUAUGCUCGAUUAUGUUCGAUAACCACGUGAUAUUAUGUAAUACUAUAAUAAUAUAUAGUGUAUGAUAAUGAAUAUAUGAUAGUUUAUUAUGUCAUAUCAUACUAUAUUCUAUAUUAAUAUGAUUUGAUAUCAAUAGUAUCAUAUGCAUAGAUUGGAAAGCUGUUUUUCUAUAUUUUUAUUUUUUAUUUUCCAACUAUCUAACUAUUUCAGCUAAAUGAACAUAAAUGCUGUUUACUUGGAUAUAUUCUGAUGCAUAUAAAAUUGUAUGAAUUACUAAAAUACAACAGAGAACACAAUGCGGAUUACCUAAAACACUGCAGUAUGGCACAGUAUAAUAACAUACUAGAAACCUUACCUAUUUUUUGUUCAAUCCAAAUAAUUUUCUAAUACACUCUUUAAGAUACAUCAAGAAUAAAAAUUGAAAAUUGUUUUCUUCAGACUCUGAUAGAAACAUGAGUUUUAUUUUCUAAGGCUUGCCCGGAAGUUGUAUUCCCCCAUAUUGUUUGUAACUUCACAUUGCAGUCAUCGAUACUUGAAAUAGUUGUUCUGAAUGGGGAUGGCAGUCCGACCCGCAGCCCUGAACCUGAGGACUGAGUUGGGGGAGUCAGGUUCCAGUCCGGCUCAGAGAAACUCUGUUCGUUUGUUUCAGAGCGACACAGGAGGAGAAAAACACUUUUAGUUAUUUUAAUUCAACUUGAGUUUUAUCUGAAAGAAGUUUCCCUGCUGCAGAGGAGCGUCAUGGAGAACUUGAGCUGUGAGGUAAAACCUUUUCUCUGCUGUCUGUGUCGAGCAUGACGAGAGAUAACCUUACCCUGAGACUGACUGAGCAGCUUCACUUUGACUUAGACGGAAACUCCUGCACUUUAACCGGCUUCUUUUAAACUCACUUUACAUAGAGAGGCUGCAGGUCUGUCUGCAGGUCAUUUAAAAGAAGUUUUACUAAAUCAACAAAAACUUCUGCAGCCUAAUAAAUUAUUAAAAUACAACUAAAACACCUGUGUUCAUUGGUAGACUAAAACCAGAAACUGCCUUACAUUUAAAAUACACCUCUUUUUUUUUUCUUUAAAUGCUCUCACAUAAGCAAAUGUUGAUAAGUCUUGUUUAAUAGUUACAACAAAAACUAUAUUUUAUAAUUCAUGUUUUUUUCUUUUUAAGUAUAAUUUCAAAUGUUUUCAUUACGAUAACUUCCAUUUUCCGAUUCCUGGUGCACAAAGCGGGUCUUUGGAAGGACAAAAAUCUUAAAAUUGGUUGUAAUUUUGACUGUCAGAGCUUAAAAAACACUCUCACGCUAUGAUAACCAUCUUUUAAGGCGGUUUUAACAAAUAUUUUACAUAUAUGCUUCUUUUCCCUGCCUUAAAACUUAACCUAAAUUUGUUAAAGUUGCCCAGAAACUUUAUUUUUAAUUAUCUGGGGUCCUCUAUCCCUCUCUUUUAAAAAAAAAUCUUCCUUUUGCACUUAAAAACAUAAAAAUUAGACUUAAUUUUAGAAGUGAUUAACAGUUAUUCUCUGAAUGUAAAUCUGUCAGCCUGAAACAUUUAUUCUUAAGGUACUUCUUGAAGGUGAUGUGGACUGUCAGAGCUUAAGUAAUACAUUUUUAUCAAAAUAUUGUUGCUGAUUUGCCUGAAACAGAGUGCUAAAACAUUCAAGUGAAGUAAAAAAAUGGCUUUAAUCACAGUUUACUUCAGUUGAAGGAAGAUUUGCAGUCUGUGAACCGUCUCAAGUAAAAAGCACACAUUUUAAAUGUAGUGCAAGUAUCAUAUGCCUGUUUUUAACCCAUAUGUGGAGUGAGGUACGCACCUCAAAUUAUGUGGAAGCAACAUUUCCCCAAACUUCAGCUGUAAACUUACCAACAGCAUUCAUGUGUGAGGAGUGAUUUGGCAUCUGAAACGUUAAAGGGGGAAGAUAUUGAACAAUUUUGCAGCGCUUUUUACAGUAUUGCACUUCACUGAUAGUCUGUGCACACUGAAGUCAUGUCUGAGGGUGCAGAGAAUUGUUUUUAUGGUCCAAAGAAAGACUGAAAUUAACAGGAAUACAAGCCGGACAGUUUUAUACUGUAAUUUUUUCAGUGCCUGUGAUUGCUGUGAGGAGAUAGGUGCCCAACAAGAUAACAGAGGCAUGUUGAAAAGACCAUUUACUACUUUUUCACUGCAAGCUCUCACAGAGUGACACAUCCGACUUGAUUUGGACAAGAGGUUAUACUUUGUCCACAGGGGGGCGCCAAAGUUGACACAGACAGAAAAUUCCGAAUGGGAGCUUUAAACAAAAACUGUCAAAUUUGUUCUUCAGCUUUACUGUCACAUAUAGAUACAUACACUUGUCAUCCUGCUCCUCUCCCUGCUCUCCUCUCUCCAGCUGUGACUCCCCGUUCAUUUGUAUCUGUUGCCAAGAGUGUUGUAACUUCAGCACUACUGCCUGGUGCUCCUAAACUUUGUUUCUCAUUGGUCUGAGCUGCUUAUGAUGAAGUGACAGUGAGAGCUGUUCAAGGGGAGGGGUCACACCCAAGCUGUACUGUUAAAAAAGAGAGGGAGGGUGUGCUUCAUUCAACAUGUAGGACGUAUUGGUGGCAAAAUAUCGUUCAGUCUCGAUUGUCAUAUUUUUGUGAUCACUGAGAGCCAAAAUCCUGAUCGAAAUUGAAACCGGAUUAAUCACCCAGCUGUGUCUCUUCAUGCUCUCUCUGUCCCUCUGCUUUACUAACACACACCUACCUCUCUGCCCGGCAGCACUACACAUUUACUCCCAACAAGUACAUUUUGCAGCAACUUUCUUGCACUCCCAAAUUUUGUUGUACAUCCUUUUUCACUCCUAAUGAUGAACUAUAAUAGCCCGCUGGCUCUGCUGUGAAAGAAGGGACCAUAAUUUUGUCUUAAAUAUCUUGUUUUUAUGACUGAGAUUAAAAUGAGAUUGCCAGCCGAACUGUGAUUCAUCAAUUGCUAAACUUUUCUCUGACUUUAACCAUCAUCAAUUUCAAAAUGUAAAAACAAAGAUUUGUUUUUGUCAUUUUGUUUCACUUUCCUAAAGAAUUAUCUUGUUUUCAUUAUCCCAAAGAGAACAAACUCUGCAUCACGUCACAAGCGAAGAGUGAAAUCUCUCAUUUUCAAGUUUGGUUGACUAACGUUUUAUCUACAAAUUAUGUUUCUGAUAGUGUGUUUCAUCAAUACAAGCUCAUAUAAUGUGCUGGGAAGAGUGAAACAAACCCAAACUAUGACUUCUUCAUGGUGUCAGGGAUGUACCCCAGUUGAGAGAUGAUAUCUGUUAUGUUUAGUGCUUUAAGGUGGAGAACCAAAACUCCUCCUCAGUGUUGGUUAAGAGCUCAUCACACAGAAUUUCCACCCUCCUUGAUGCUGACUGAAAGCAGCUUGUUUUCGCACUCGGACUCUGAAUCCCAGCUCUCCUCGCUGCAGACGUGACAGAGGCCGGGGAAAUGCGUGCUUGUGAAAUUGCAGGUGAUUUGGAGGCUCCUCGCGUUUCACGGAGCGGUUUGUAAUGUCAUAUCCUGCGCUCUCCAGGGAAUGUCUCAGCUCGUGCUGGGCCGGGCACUCCUGCGUCAUUCAGAUGGCUCCUCUGAGUCAGGAGGCCGCCGGGUGGAGCGAAGAGGGGUGACUUUAAAGCUGCGAGGGGAGCUCUGGGAUUGUUGGUGGGAUUGUGAAAUGUGGUGUUGGAUUUUAACAAAAAGCAUCUGCGGGGUCAGUUUUUCUCUCCUGGAGAGCUGAGUCAGGCUUUGAGCAGAAAGUUUAACCCAUCACUGCCUCCAUUUGUUUGAAUUAUUUCAUCAUAUUUUGAAAUCUAAGUUUUAGAAUUGUUGCAGUAGAUGCUUUAGCCUGCAGCUAUGAAACAGACAGCAGCCAAAUCUGCAUCCAAUCAGAGAUCUGCUGACUGCUUGUUUUUGUCACAGACAGACAGGUUCAGAUUUUUAUCUAAAGUCCCUGACAGCAUUAUAGAAAGACUUAUGCAAGAAAUGUCAACAGUCACUUGACAGUAAUUCUGCCUCAGCAGGCUGGUUUUCUGGAGUAUUGUCGAGCUGAACUUUUUAUUGUAUAAACACUUGCAAUGCACGCAUGGGCGCAGACAUGCAAUUUCAGUCAUGUGACCCUUUAGGGCUGCAACUAAUGACCAUAAUCAUGGUUGAUUGGUAGAGCUGGAUCGUAUUUUAUUUCAUUGAUGAUUAUGGCUCUCCAGGAUUUUUCAAAAUGUGAUAGCUGAGACUGAACGAUCGCUCCUUUCGUCACCUUCCCUUUCUUUUGCCACAGUGGAGACAGAUCUGAUUUUGACCUCAACAGAAAGAGCUCAGAUCGAUGCGCAUCAAAGUUUGGGGAUAGUGUUGGGCUGUAUGAACAAAAUCUUGUAUCACAGUAUGAGUAAUUUCAUAAUAGAGCUUGGCGUGUUUCAUCUUUAGGUGGUGGAAGAGGUUGCUGGUGUUUCCUCCUCCAGCAACGACAGCCACACAACACUCUUUGCGUAGUAUUGUUCUUUGAUCAUUGUCUGAUUUUCUCCAGACAACCAACUCGCACCCUUUUUUGGAACGAGUUCCUCCUCCUCUUCCUCAUGUUGGGUGGGUCGGGCUGUCUCUGUUUGCUCGGUACUGCCACUAACCUCCGUGUCGGCCAUAACCACCCCCAGUGAAGCGGUUUCUUCUUUGUCGAAAUCAUGCCAAGCAGUUUGCAGGACACACUGGUGAUUAUAGGGAGUGCACCCAAACAUGACCAAACAAACAGAGCGAACAAACUCUGCACGACACGCUGGUGAAUAUACGGAAACGCACCCAAACGGAUGUGCUCUGGCUUUUCUGUUCGCGACUGAAGACAACUUCACUGACUCAGAGAGAUGCAGCAGACAUCCGCUCUCUGUCUCUGCGGUAUUAACGGUAUAGCAAAAUUUCUACCGGUAGACACUUUUAUACCGUCAUACAGUAUAUACCGUCAUACCGCCCAACACUAUUUGGGGGCGUGAGGAAGUUGCAAGUCUCACUCAUCAGCAAUUCAACAUCAGAGUAUAAACUUCUGUCUCACAGCGAGAACUUCACUGAUGACUCUGAUUCACCGGUCAUCAGUUUCCUUUUAAAUAUGUAAUAAAUUCUGUAGACUCUUGUCAGGAUUCAGUUCUUUUAGAAACAAAAUCAAGAACUCAAAAAAAGGUUGUGAAAUUGGGUUAGAAGCACAAGAAUUGCUCUUUCAUGGUUAUUUUCUUUCUUUGCACAGACUGGGAGACCCUAGCAAGGGAAAGAAUUAAGAGGAACCAUCUGUGGUUGGUCAACGGAGGGUUUUUUUGAUCCUGCGAUGCCAGAAGAAGCCAACAAGGACACCAUGAGAACGCCAGCGACCCCCGAGAAGCCCAGCAACAACGAGACCCCCACUGCCCCCUGUGAUGUUACCACAGUCAGCAUCCCAUUGGUCAAUGAAGUCCAGCUGACCGCAGCCACAGGUGGAGCGGAGCUGUCCUGCUAUCGCUGCACCGUCCCCUUUGGCGUGGUGGUCCUUAUCGCCGGGAUUGUGGUCACCGCUGUGGCGUACAGCUUCAACUCCCAUGGGUCGACCAUCUCUUACUUCGGGCUGGUGCUCCUCUCAGCCGGGCUGGUGCUCCUGGCGUCCAGCGCUGUCUGCUGGAAGAUCAGACUGGAGAGGAAGAAGGAGCGCAGACGGGAGAGCCAAACCGCCCUGGUCGCCAACCAGAGGAGUAUUUUUACUUAAGCACAUUGCGGUUCUGGACAUGAUUCUUGAGAUUGAUUUGGAGGACCAGCUGCGGACGGAUGUUAUGAUGGAUUUCCGACGUGUUUUAAGCUUUGUCUGCAGACUCUCAAGGCCAUGAACUGCAGACUUUGGAGACAUUUUAAGGGAUUUAUUCAUCAAACAGACGUGGAACAUCUGGAGAGCUGGGAACGCAGCCAGGAGGAGUUUAUCACAAUUAAGAUGAAUUACAACUGUGCAAGGCAACGAAGAGGAAGUUCACCAUUAAUCUGAGUGGCUUUGAUUGUAAUGGGAGUGACUGCGGUUUAAAAAUCCAAGAAAAUCUAGGACUGUGAUUUACGACUCAUUUACUCCGCUUCAACUUUGGACAUAACCGUUUAUUGAUUCUCCUCUAACAGGGAUUUAUUAUGACUUCCCUUUACUGGGAGUAUGGUACUAAUAACGAGGAUUGUGUAAAAAAUCUGCCAAUAUAACCUGCCAGAUUGAAUCACACAUGAUAUGAAACAUAAAAGAGAAUAUUUAUCCUCUAACACACGCGUCCUCUUUAAGCACUUUGAUCCUUCAUAACCAAUCAUUCACAUCUAUCAAUGAAUUAAACAAGUAACAUGUCAAAAACACGUCAUUAACGCCACUUUAGGCAAAGUUUAAACACCCAAACACUUCAUAUCGUGUCAAGCUGUAACACUAUUGUCCAUACUGUAAAGGUAUAUUGUAAAAAUGUAGCAUAUGUUUUAUUGUAUAUGUAAUCGUUUGCAUGUAUGAACUGUUAUCAGGACGUUGUGAGGUUUAAUAAACUCAUUAAUAUGAAUGUAAUCAUGUGGGAGAGCAUGUUAGUGUUUAUUUCAAACUCCUUUGAUGGCUGCAUGGAGGUACAGGUGUCAGACCAGAUGGGUGAAGCAAAUAUUAAAUAAUUGAUCCGA